AUGAGACCAACUCAGAAACAGGUGAAGAAGGGGGUGAGACAUGUAGCUCAUCCCCUUCCAGGAAAUCAUCAUAACCAAGGGCUUCAUGGGAACGUGAAACACCACCAAAAUGCCCCAGAGUCGGCGACUUCAGCGAAACCUGGACAGGGGAUUUCUGAGGUUCCGGCUGCGGCGGAACCGCAGAAUCCACUUGUUUCUCAGGAAGACGACCCCCAAUCGGUGCCUCAAACACGCAAGUCUACCUUGUGUAAAGAAGACGAGGAACCCUUCUCUUUCGAGGAACCUCUGUGCCAGGCUCCUACCGAAAAAGUGGCGCUAACACUGGAAGAAGCGAAAUCUGUUUUGGGAGAAUGCAGCCGAAUGGGGAACAUGCUCAACACCAUUUUCGGCGAUUUCCUCUGUGUGUCGCCGGCGGCCGCUGGCAAGGAAGAUGCUGAUGAGUCGUCUAUGGACAGCGAGACCGGGCCAGAUGCCUGUAGCACUGUUAGUAGCAAUGCGAACAGUAGUUCCAGUAGUGGUAAAGACACUAAGGUUAAUAUCAGUGCACAUGAAGAUCAUCCUGUUGUUUGUUCGGUUACGGACGAAGCCUCUGCCAGUCGUGUUAACCACGUUGCUCCUUCAUCGCUUACAUCCGACGCUAAGAAAGAAGGAGAGCGCACCGGAGGGACGACUAAGACGUGCCAAGGAGGAAAAGGAAGCCCCGCUGGUGAGGCCAUUCCAAAGGACGAAGCGCCAUUCAGUACGAACCUCGAGAACGCGGACAGCUCUGUGGUCACCAUCCAGGCAGAUUGGGAGGAUCAGAAAAGACAGAUGUCGAAGACCGAUGCUACGGGCGGAGCAAAGAACUCGUCGUUGAUUAACGAACUCCUCAAGUGCCAAGCCACUUGCGAGGAAGUAGCCAUGAAAAUGCUGAACCAGUACAUCCAGGCAGAGAAAGAGGACGCACAGGAGCAUAAGACACUGACGGAUCUCCAUCUGAGACCCGGACACGAUUUGCCGGUCAGCGGAUCCAAACUGCAGCUCGACUCCGAUGUGCUCACGGCUGCAUGCGGCGACCUACUUGAUUCUCGACAAAUGAUCCAGAAUACUUUUCAGCAGAUUUUCCAUGGAUUCAGGAUAGGCAGCACAUACAAGCAAACCAUCAUCUUCAGAAAUACGUCAAAGUUGGGACGUCGGCUUCGGGUUGAACUCGCAGUUCCCCAAAAAGAUAUCCGCUUAUCGCCCUUGGACUACAAGUCCUUGCCUCUUCCGCGGCGACAGACAGCUGUCUCCGCAGAAGACGCGAGUACCUGCACAGCGAAGGGGAAAGCCUCUGCUCUCUCCAGUUUGGUCCACCACACAGGAACCAUUGCCCCGGGGCUGUCCGCUCAGGUCGAGAUUCAGUUCCAGCCUACCUCUUUCGAAGACAUUACUACCCAACUGCUUAUGCAUACUGAUGUGGGGUCUUUCAGCAUAGCGGUACUUUGUCGACGCGAGCUCGCUGAGCUGCCGACACUGCCUCCCGUUGUUGACUGCGGAAUACGCAUGGUGGGCGAGGCCGUAGAGGUGAGUGAGAGAGCAGGCGUUUUCGAGGACACCUUCGUCGUACAGAGUGACUCGGGGCAAGCGUGGCCCGUGCGUACGUGCGCCAGCGCAACAUCUAGUCGAAUUGAACUCGUUCAGUUCGACAACCAGCCGUGGACCAUGCAGAGACUCUUUGACGCAGUGGACUGGGGUGGAAAAGAGACAAACAGAGAGCCUGCGUUUGAAUUCCCGAAAAGCAACAGGAAAGAUGAACAAGAAGAGGGACGGUGGCACUCAGAAGCCCAAGACGACAUUGCAUCACGAGCUCUCCCGAAACGAAUCGACUUCGGGGAUGUACAGGCCGACGGGGGCGUAGCUGAGAGGACAUUGCUGUUGCGGAACGGGGGCCAGCUGCCUGUCAAACUGAGAUGGCGGUUACGUCCGGGCCACGCGCGAGAAGAAACGCGUGCUCACGGAGCUAAUCAACGAAGUCACUUUUCCCUCGACCCAAUGAACGUUGAGCUUGCGCCUGGAGCAACACAAGAGUUCGUUUUCUCUUUCAAGCCGUACACUGAGGGUUUAGAACGCAUACAAGUUGAAGCCACAGCAGAACUCGAGGAAAACUCGGCGAAUUCCGGACUCCCCGCAGCUGAAGCUGACGGUGCCGAGGGUGCGUGUGAGCAGGAUACGCUCAAGGUCCUGGGCUACUUCGCGCUCUCGCCAAGCAACGGGAUAGCUGCGGCAAACUCUUCGGUGGAACUGUCUCUGGCUGUAUCUGUGCUCGAGUGUUCAACACUCUCUUUCGCUCUUCCCCUUCGCCUCGCUGCUGCAUCGAAGGCAAUCGCACAGUCGGUCGGCUGUGAAGGCUUAAGCGAAAGCGCUGAACCCGAGGCACCGCACCCGAUGGAAGGCACUUCUUCUCCGCUUGUAACCGUCACCGUGUUUGUUGUCGUCAGCCCACCCCAGCUCCAGUUGCUGUCUGAGCCGACUCUGGAUUUCGGCGUGCGAGGGGAUCUGGGCUCUUCUACAGUGCGAGGCAGUUCCGGUGCAGGAGCUCACCGCUCCGAAAGUGCGAGAGAACAGGGUGAGAGAGCAAAGCGUUCUGCGAAGAGGGCCUGUGCAAAGUGCAGCUGCGUAAUCGACGAUUUCGUGGACGAACACGACAAGAAGGUUUUCAACGAGGAAGAGCACGAUGGCCUGACACGAGCCGGCGUCGAUGCCGUGGCGGGUUCGAGCGGCUUGGACCCCCCACAACCCCAAGGCUGCCCGGAGUGUUUUGCAGGGCGCCAUACCACGGAAACCGAGCCUUUAACUUUCUUCCCGUGCUGGGUGGUGGUUCCUGCUCACGGAGCAGCUGAGUUUGUUGUGACCCUAAACGCAAGACAUCCGGAUGUACUCAGCCGGGACGUUGCCGUGGACUGGAUCGGCGUGGAACGGGGUAUUGUCGUGAACGUCCAAGCGACAGUCCAGCUUCCGAAGAUCUGCCUCAAUCGCACAGCCCUUCGGCUAGACUCCUGCUACAUACACAUUCCAAGACAGAUCCAACAGGAGGGUGGCGCUCCCGUCUUCUUGUGCAAUGAGUCUGACCUCCCGGCGACUUACUCCUGGCAGCCUGUUUCUCUAGCGGCAGCAGAGGGAAACACUCUUGUCGCCUGCAGAGCAGCCUCCACUCCAAGCUUGAAUGCAUCGUUCUCGCAACGCUGCAACGAGCUAGAACCUCUCAAAAUCCGUUUCAGCCCCGAAUCAGGGACCCUUGCACCGCGUAGCCGACAGGCGAUUCAACUCGAGGUCGUGGGUCACAAAGCCGCUCCUCUCCUUCAGGCUGCUGCCGCGUGCAUCAUCUCCGGCCUCCUCAAUCCUCUGUACCUCAAAGUCCAGAGUCCCUGCAAGAGCCUCCAGCUGAAGUCUGCCAUUCUGGAUGAGGCGCAAUGGAAGCAAGGUCUACUCAUUGAGCCUGGCCAAAACGUUCGCCCUGGUGUAUCGAUGGAUCCAUCCAGGAGUCGGCGUGCGAGCACCGACCCUGCGCUGGACGCUGAACCAGUUGCCGCCCAGAAGGAGACCGUACCCAGCUUCCGGAACCCGGCGGUGUGCCUGCCGGCUUCUCUGCCGGAUUGUGACCAGCUGCAAUCAGCUGGCCUCGCCCGGCCAACACAGAUUGAAAUGAAGGAUAGCUGGGAGGGAUGCAGUGGACGGCCCAUCGUGAUGGACGCAAUUCAAAUUCACGAUCUGACUCCGGAAGAGCCAAAGCUCCUCUAUCUGGUCCUCUCGAAUGCGUGCAGCAUUCCGGCGACCUUCUGCAUUUCCUCAGCGCGGUACGCGGCCGAGCCCAUGGAAACCGGCAUUCCGGCGCAGGCGCGUCGGCAGGAGGAGGAAAGCCUUUUUCGGAAGCCGCCGCAGGCGCGGGACCCACAACGCCUAGGCCAUGCUGCGCGUGUGUGUGCCACAUCCGAACGCGACGGCGCAGCUGGUGUGAAACUGACGCAGUCAAGACUGCAGAGGCACCUCCAAGGGCUGUCGCGGCCGAAAGGGUCGUCUGUUACAAGACAAGGGAGCGCAGAUAACUGGUUUGCGGGAGCUGGUGGGCGAAACCUUCCCGUUGAUGCCGCCAAGAUGGUGCCGAGUGAACGAAGCAUAGCCCCACUUGGUGCACCCCAGAACAGCAGACGAAAUCAACAUCACGGCUUGGAUCUCAACACCGAAUUUACAAAGCCACCGUCCUCUGAGGUCAGCCCUCUUUUGGCCUGCGAGGCAAUCAUCAGCGCGCCUGGCUAUUUGUCGGCUGCGGGCCAGGAGCACUGUGUAGCCCUCAAUGAAGAGAAGAGAAGAGCUUCCCUCCUACGGGCAGGAAACGGAUUUGCCGUGUUGACUGCGCCUGCAGCGGGACGCCUGCCAGCGACCUCGACACGGUGUAUAUCUAUCGAGUUGCUCACUGAUUUGCCUGGCGUCUUCGAAGACAACCUCAUUCUCGAGCUUCAGGCGCAUCCCUUCGCUACCUCAUCUUCCUCCGAGUCAGCAUCAACCAUCCAGUCAGUGUUUCAGCAAAACCUGAAGCUGCAAGUGCACUUUCCCCUUCGCGUCUCCUCUGUCGGCAACGCUCUCCUUUUUGCGCCUCACCAGCCUUCGCUCAAUCUCACCGCCCAGCCGUGUCCUCUCCUGUCCGUCGUUGCCUGCAUCGUGCCGCCUGGGCCGACGGAAUGCUCUCCCGCAAAAGACUCGAAAGCGCUUCCUCUGCCCGGCCGAAAGCCCGCCCAUAAGGCAGUCAUUCCUCUCAACGCUCUCGCAGCAGCAGCCGGAGCGGCGACGGCCGCAGCUUGCCAGCGCACGGUGCCACGCACGGCGGAACGGACGACGCACAAGGCACAGCUGUGUUGGAAGGGCCAUGCCGGUCUCUCUCCACAGAACAAGCACGUGGAGACUGGAUGUAUCCAUUUCACCCCGAUCCGCCCUCCUGUGGGCACCUUCAAGGUCUUCAAUCGCAGUCCCAGCGAUGUUUCUUUGCAAUGGCGGAUCUUCGACCUCGAUGCGUGGGAUGAGCAGCGUCGCGAAGAAGCCCGCGUUCGGGAAACAAAGGCGAGAGAGGCCGAAACAGCUAGAAAUGAUGGGGAAAACGCAGUAGCUGAAGUGUCGCGAGUUGCGGAGCUGGGAAGCGAGUUGCAGAUACAGAGCGAACGGGCGACUAAGGGCGCUGCCUCCGCAGCCGCUUCCUGUCCGAUCCCGGGUGGCGCUCCCCCCCACCCAACAGCUGAUUCUCAAGCUGUCAUGUCUGACUCCGCAUUCCGCAGAGUGUCGGAAGUCACACUUGAAACAAGCCAAAAUCCAGGUGCUUUGACAGGGGCUGACCGAGGGUUGCCGAAGUUGUGCGUUUCAGUUGAUCAGCCGGCGAUGCAAGGGAUCACGACGAACAUGGCCAACCUAUCCAGAGAGAGAAGGGAAGCAAAUGGGGAGCUAGCUGGGAACUCUGUGGCAGAUAACGGGGAACAAGCGGGGACUGAUGCAGCGCAGCAUCGCUGCGAGGAAGAACAAGACACAGGUAUACAGGAAGGUAGAACUAGCAUGAUUGACGAAGCAAAGGACAGUGCGCGUGAGACGCGUUUGAACUCGCCGGAAGCGACUCUUGUUCCGCCCAACACGUGCGCCAUCGAGAACGUGUUCCAGAACAAGAGGGCCUCAAUGCAGGCAAGCGGCUGGCAGAAGGAUGUUUCGGAGAAUUGGAGAGAGUUGGGGCAGGCUCUUCCCGUCCUUGUCUCACCGGAGCGAUGUGUUAUCAAAGCCAAAUCGACGCAGACGUUCCGUAUCACAUUUGACGGCGUGCAAGGGACUGCCCAGAAGUGUCGGUUCCGCUUGGUGGGAACGGGGUCCCACAUGCCCACCGGUUCGCACUUCGUUUCCGGAGAUCAAGUACAGCCUGGGCUCCAAACAUGCCGUUGCCGACGAAGGAAUGAAAAACCCUCUUCAUCCUGCAGUGGCCGAACUGCCUCGGCGUUUUUGGUGCACCGAGCUCCAGCAUCCGCAGGAACAACGCACCACGCGUCACGACAGCAAAGUUGCGAAUGUGAGGAUCACCCGGAAACGGAGGUAGCCAAUCUGCGAGAAGGUUCGACAGAAGAUGCCGAUGAUGAGGACGGGGCCUGGAGUGGGGAGUCUCGUCGUCCCGUGUCCGGUUUGGGCGAUAAGCCGACAGCAGCAAGGAACGCCUUACAUCGCAGCCAGGGACGAGACGCUCCCAAAGCGAAGAGCGAGGAGCGCUCAGACAACGUCGAGGAGCAGCACGAUAGUGACGGGACCGUUGGGAAGGCGUUGUGUGUCGCAGCUUCUGCGAAGCCUCCACUAACGUGUCAGGGGCAGAGACCGAGUGUUGCCGACCGCACAGCGUCUCGUGAAGCAGCCAGGAGUGCAAGGACACCGCUACCGAAGGAGUCGGUACUUGUUCUGGAUGUAAACGCCAGCUUUUAUGAGCCUCGCGUGGUAGUCGAGACCUCACAGGAGCCCUCCAUGAAUGACGAAGGCGGUCGGAAAUCUGAAGUGCGUGUGGAACCAGACAGUUCCGGCGGCAGCUCUUGCGGGGAGGCAGCGCCGCUGUGUACGUUUACAGCAACGCCUGCGGCCGUUGGUGAGGCACGACGCGCUUCAGCAAACGGGGACGCUGAUCAAAAAUCCCGUUCCCCAGUCAACUACUCAGCAAGCCCCGACAUACUUCGACGCACUAUGUAUAUCCAGAAUCCCUUACCUUGCGACAUUCAUGCGAAGUUCCAUAUUGAAGGAGAUUACUUUAGCAUCAUCGAAAUCAAGCUGGAUAAGGACAGUGUAGGAGAGCCUUACAAUCCGGAAGUGGGGAAGCCUGCAGUACGACUCGAGGAGUCAGCUCGAGGCUUUACUCCCGACUUCAGGCCUUUGCCUGGCACUGAUUACCUAGCGGAAGGAGUCACAGGCCUCGCAUGCAAGCCAUCUCAGCUCCGCGUUACUUUCGGCCGAGCGCACGUCGCUGCGCGAAAAGAUGUCACGCGAACAAUCGUGCUCUCCAACAUUUCCGUGGUGCCGGCCAAGUGGUCAAUUUUCCACCUCCCCGAUGACGCCGCUUACGCUACCGUUGCAAAACGCGCCGUCUCCCCGUGGAGAACUGGGCACCGCAAAACACGCACAGGAAGCCAACUCUCCGUCUGUAGAAGCGCAGAGGAGCCAGCUGACGACAGAUCCGCUUUCCAGUUCGAAAAAAGUGACGGUGUCCUGGCACCUUGUGAUAAAGGCUCCCUGGGCAGCCUUCGCCGAGGCCUCCCCUCAGGAAAAGGCGAAAGUCAGCCAAUAACCAUUUUCUUCAAGUUCCGAAUAUACGUAGAGCAUGGCCAGUCCAUCGAGUUCGAGCUCGAGGGUAUUGGAAGCGUCGACGAGGAAGACGAUGCUUCGUAG